UCCUUCUCUGUAUCGCACUUUUCCCUCUCUGAUCCAAUUCAUUCUCUCUCUCUCUCUCUCUCGCUCUCGAUUGAUCAUCAAUGGCGAUUUCACUCCAAAGCUUCUUCCAAGAACGAAGAACACCUUUCCUCUUCACUCUCUCACUCCUCCUCAUUUGCUUUCUGAUUCUCUUCUUCACCGAUUCCCUUUCCCUCAACCCUCUCGUUCGAAAGUACUCCUCUCUUCGAUCCCACUUUGGAACACCCUCUUCUUCUUCUUCUUCUUCUUCUCCUCCUCCUCCUGCUCCUUCUUCUUCUUCUUUUCGGCCUUCUUCUCGGCUUGAUUUGAAACCAUCUUCUGCGGAUUCUGUUCUUUCUCACGAUCUUGAUUUUUCUAAUUCUUCGGCGGCGAAUUUCAGCUGGAAGCUCUGUGGUGGGUCUCUGGCCGUCGAUUUCAUUCCCUGUUUGGAUAACUCCAAGGCGAUUAAGGCUUUGAAGUCGAGGAGGCACAUGGAGCACCGUGAACGCCAUUGCCCUAGUCCCAGUCCGCGCUGUUUGAUUCCGCUUCCCAUUGGUUAUAAGGUCCCGGUUCCCUGGCCCAAGAGUAGGGACAUGAUUUGGUACGAUAAUGUUCCUCAUCCGAAGCUUGUUGAAUACAAGAAAGACCAACAUUGGGUUGUUAAGUUGGACGAGUAUCUUAACUUUCCUGGAGGUGGGACACAGUUCAAGGAUGGAGUUGAUCACUAUAUUUACUUCAUUCAGAAGGCUUUACCGGAUAUCAAAUGGGGGGAAAACAUCAGAGUUAUUCUAGAUGUUGGUUGUGGUGUUGCUAGCUUUGGUGGGUAUUUACUGCAGAAAAAUGUUCUUACCAUGUCAUUUGCCCCGAAGGAUGAACAUGAAGCACAGAUACAAUUUGCUUUAGAACGAGGAAUUCCCGCAACUCUCUCAGUCAUUGGAACUCAGAGGCUAACAUUUCCUGACAAUGCGUAUGAUUUGAUACAUUGUGCACGUUGCAGGGUCCAUUGGGAUGCAGAUGGUGGAAAACCAGUAUUGGAGCUCAACAGGAUUCUCAGACCUGGAGGUUAUUUCAUAUGGUCUGCUACACCAGUUUAUCGUGACGACGAAAGGGACAAGAAUGUCUGGAAAGCAAUGGUAUUGCUAACGAAGUCAAUGUGCUGGAAGGUAGUGCAAAAGACUAUGGAUUCAUCUGGGGUUGGCCUUGUAAUAUAUCAGAAGCCCACCUUGACAUCUUGCUAUGAAGAACGUAGCAAAAAUGACCCUCCGAUAUGUCAUGAAAAGAACAAGAGAAAUAGUUCUUGGUAUGUGCCCCUGACUAGAUGUAUUUCCCAGCUUCCAGUUGAUAGCAAAGGCAACUAUUAUAAUUGGCCUUCGCCAUGGCCGGAGAGACUAACUAGCAGGCCUCCUAGCUUGUCGGUUGAACCAAAUUCUGAGGAGAAGUUCUUGGAGGAUACGAAACAUUGGUCUACUAUUGUGUCGGAUGUUUAUCGAGAUAACAUCGGCCUAAACUGGUCGAGCAUCCGAAAUGUGCUGGAUAUGAAUGCUGGCUAUGGAGGAUAUGCUAAUGUGGGAAGAACCCCCUGUUCAAUUAGAAAAGAUGGAGCAAUCAGGCUGUUUAACUCUGUCCAAAUCUCAUCAUUUCAGUUUGUUCUUGUUGUGUUCUCUUUAUUAAGUUCAAUUACAUACUUAACUUUUAACAAACUGCCUCAUUUCAGGUUUGCAGCUGCAUUAAUUGAUCUACCACUUUGGGUAAUGAAUGUUGUCCCCAUAGACGUACCUGAUACUUUGUCCAUUGUUUUCGACCGAGGAUUGAUCGGUCUCUACCACGACUGGUGCGAGUCCUUCAACACCUACCCUCGAACCUACGAUCUGCUACAUUCCAGCUUUCUCUUCACAUCUCUUAAGAGAAGAUGCGACGUGGUAGUUAUGGUUGUGGAGAUGGAUAGAAUAUUGAGGCCAGGCGGAUAUGUUUUGAUUCAGGACAGCAUGGAGGUAAUAAAGGAGCUUGGUCCUAUCUUUUAUUCACUUCACUUGUCCGUUGCUGUUUAUGAUGAUCAGUUUCUUGUUGGAAAGAAGGGAUUUUGGCGGCCAACAGCCCCUCAUACCAAGUGAGAAACAGUUGGUUUGAUAAAUUUAAUUCUUUUGCAUAGUUUUGUUUUGUCUUUGUUUACAUACUUCACUCCUUUUCAAUUGUAAAAGAAAAUACAUAGAACAAACAUGAGAGAUAUAUAAUUGUAUCUGAGGUUCAUAUCUUGGCGUUGGAGUUUGGAGUAUGUAACAACGUAGCCGGGCGUUGGUUGGAAUGAUGAAUGAUUAUGUUGUUCGAGUUGAAUUUUGUAUGAUGAGAGAAAAUAUUUGAAUACA